GGAGAAAAACACAUAUAACACAUUAUACUGCCAAAGAGAACAGUCUCGGGAUACAGAGACGACUGCAGGUCACCUCUCUGUCAGAUCUCAUGGCUGCUUUAAUUCUCCUGUUGUUCCUUUUGUCUGAAGCUUCUUCGGACCUGAUUGAGGUAACAGUGCAUCCUGGAGAUGAUGUUAUUCUGUCAUGUCAGGCUGCUGAUCCCACCAUCAGAGCUGUAAAGUGGACCAGACCUGACCUGGAGCCAGAUAUCGUCCUCUAUUACAGCGAUGGACACUUGGAUCCAACCCACCAGCAUCCAUCCUUUAAGGACAGGGUGGAGCUGGUGGACAGAGAUCUGAAGGACAGAGACGCGUCUUUAAUUCUGAAGAAUGUGAGCAGCAUCGACAACGGGACAUACGAGUGUGGACUUAAAACCAAUGAUUCAGGACGCACAAAGAGAGGGAACGACUCUGACCCAAUCACAAUCAUCAGAGCCAUCCGUCUGCAGGUUCAAGACCUACCUGUGGUACCAGUGCGCCCUGAAGGUGAUGUCAUUCUGCCAUGUCAGGCUGCUGAUCCCUUCAUCAGAGCUGUAGAGUGGACCAGAGCUGACCUAAAGACAGAUAACGUCCUCUUAUACAUAGAUGGACACUUGAAUACAACCCACCAGCAUCCAUCCUAUAAGGGCAGGGUGGAGCUGGUGGACAGAAAGCUGAAGGACGGAAACAUGUCUUUAAUUCUGAAGAAUGUGAACAUUAACGACACUGGAACAUACAAGUGUCUAGUUAAAACCAAUGAUACUGACCGAAUCAAAACCAUCAGCACCAUCCGUCUGCAGGUUAAAGACCUGAUUGUAGUGACAGUGGACCCUGGAGAUGAUGCCAUUCUGCCAUGUCAGGCUGCUGAUUCCUCCAUCAUAGUUGUAGACUGGACCAGACCUGACCUGAAGCCAGAUGACAUCCUCUAUUACAGAAAUGAAUACUUGAAUACAACCCACCAGCAUCCAGACUAUAAGGGCAGGGUGGAGCUGGUGGUCAGAGAUCUGAAGGGCAAAGACGUGUCUUUAAUUCUGAAGAAUGUGAGCAGACAUGACACUGGAACAUACAAGUGUAUAGUUAUAACCCGUGGUUCUGGACAUACAAAGGGAGACAUCGACUCUUACAAAAUCGUAACCAUCAGAACCAUCCGUCUGCAGGUUAUAGACCUGAAUGUGGUAACAGUGUACCCUGGAGAUGAUGUCAUUCUGCCAUGUCAGGUUGCUAAUUCCUCCAUCACAGCUGUAGAGUGGACCAGACCUGACCUGGAGCCAGAUAUUGUACUCUUAUACAGCGAUGGACACCUGGAUCCAACCCACCAGCAUCCAUCCUUUAAGGACAGGGUGGAGCUGGUGGACAGAGAGCUGAAGGACGGAGACGUGUCUUUAAUUCUGAAGAAUGUGAACAUCAAUGACACUGGAACAUACGAGUGUGGAGUUAAAACCAAUUGUUCAGCAUGUAAAAUGAGAGACACCAACUCUGACCAUAUCAGAAUCAUCCGUCUGCAGGUUCCAGACCUGAUGGUGGUAACAGUGCGCCCUGGACAGGAUGCCAUUCUGCCUUGUCAGGCAGCUGAUUCCUUCAUCAGAGCUGUAAAGUGGACCAGACCUGACCUGAAGCCAGAUAUCGUCCUCUAUUACAGAGAUGGACACUUGGAUCCAACCCACCAGCAUCCAUCCUUUAAGGACAGGGUGGAGCUGGUUGAGAGAGAGCUGAAGGACGGAGACGCGUCUUUAAUUCUGAAGAAUGUGACCAUCAAUGACAACGGAACAUACGAGUGUCUAGUUAAAACCGAUGGUUCAACACGUGAAAAGAGAGGCAUUGAGCCAAUCAGAACCAUCUAUCUGCAGGUUCCAGGUUCCAAGAAAGGAAACUUUCUCAUAUACGUUGCAGUGGCAGCAGGUGUCGGUCUGUUUGUUGCAGUAGUUGGUGUGAUAUAUAAAAUAUGUAAGAAGAGGAGAUCAGGACAACCUGCUGCUGCUGAUGAAGCUUCUGCCGAUCAGCUCCUCGACAACUCCUAGAGCUCUUUACAGCUGACUGGUUUCUCAUGUACUAUGUGUCCAACAUGAUUUUCAUUACUUCUGUGGGUGUGAGGUCAUAUGCAGAUCUGCUAUUUGGUCUGUUUGCCUUGUAUUGCUUGCACUAAAGAAAAUAGUCCGUUCCGUCUCUACGGUAGAAAUCCUGCGUCCAAAGCAACGUAAACUCUGUAGCUUUUUAAUGCAGCCCUUCGUCGAAUACUCAACACCACCUUACGGGCUGUGGUAGUAGAUGUAUAUUUUAUGGGGUGCUUCCGUGGUGGACAAAAUCCCCAGCUGCUGUUUUAAUCACUGCAGGAAUUGACACAACAUUAGCUGAAGCGUUGUAGUGAGCUAGCGGGCUAUCGGCUGCUCUAAUUUACAGUAAACUGAACAUUUCUGUUGACGGUGAAGUGAGACACGGUGAAUGGCUUCUUUGGGAAUAUUUAUGUAUUUAUGUCCUCAUUCAUCUUGUUUCCUUUUUGCAUAGCCGCUGCAUGUUGACACACCUUUAACGUUGCAAUGUGAGCUAACUAAUUAGCUGCUGAAGUUACUGCGUAGCGAUCAUAGACGGUAUAUAAAGAUGUGGCGAUAGGCCCUCACCAGAUCUGCUGUCAUUGCUUGAAUUCGAGGACAGAAGUUGCUCCAUGUUUCCCCACUUUUUGCCACAGCUGAUAGGCUAAAUUAUCCGGACUUCUUUCAGCGGAUUGAUUGAUAGCUGUCCUCCAGAGUGAACAGAACUGCGUCCAU